AUGGGCCGAACUUCCAACCGGCCCAUCUCUUCUCGUGAGAAAAUUCUAGUAGUUUUAAUGGAUCUGGAGACUGAGAACAGAAUAGCUUCAAUUCUUAUGAAAGAAGCAGCAGAAUUGCGGCGACGAGCUGAGAGGGAAGGCGUGCAUGUUUACCUGGAACGACCUAAAGUAAGAGCGCGGCCAAAUUCUCGCUUCCUGACUGCAACUGUCCUUGGAGUGCAGCAAACAAAUCGAUCUGUUGAAGUGAACGAGAUGUGGCGAGUCCGGCAAAAGGAGCUCGAGCUGGAUGAUAGGCUGAGAGGAAGAUCAAGGUAUGAUGAUAACAGCAGCAAGAACCAGAUGGAUGUUGGUAGUGUCCCUAGAAGUACAAGCAAAAGGCAUUUUGUAAAUGAGAACGAUACUAGUGCGUCAUCUUCAUCAAGCAAAAGAGUAGGGAGCUCCUAUUCAAGAGAAGAUGAAGGUUUAAGGGAUGAAGAAGUCGAGGAAUUUUUGCACUCCAGGGUUAAGCGAGGUCGAGGUGCCGUAGGUUCAAGGAUGGAUGACACAGGGCCUUACCUUCCUCCUUGUCCAGAUUCUGAGGAAAAGCUGUCCCGAAGCCCGGAUGCAAAGCUGCAGCGUGUUGUUUUUGGACCAGAGAAGCCUUCUAUGCUGAAAUCUUAUGAAUCGUCUGAAGAAGAGCAUGACAUGGAAAGACUUAAAAAGGCAAAGAAGGUUUGUUCAAAGAGUUUGGAUAAAAAGCAUUCCAGGAAGCACAGAUCUAAAGAAAAGUCUAGAGAUAAGAAAAGGAAGAGAAAGGAUGAGAAAAGAAGUAAACACUAG